AUGGAGGCGUCCCGGGGUAUCGGCACCUUCGUGGUGUGGGACUACGUGGUGUUCGCCGCGAUGCUGCUCAUCUCGGCCGCCAUCGGCAUCUACUAUGCAGUCUCCGGGGGGCUCCAGCAGAACUCCAAGGAAUUCCUGAUGGGUGGCCGCCGGAUGACCGCCGUGCCCGUGGCGCUGUCCCUCACCGCCAGCUUCAUGUCGGCCGUCACCGUGCUGGGCACCCCCUCCGAGAUCUAUCGUUUUGGGGCCGUCUUCUGCAUGUUUGGCUUCACCUACUUCUUCGUGGUCCUCAUCAGCGCGGAGGUCUUCCUCCCGGUGUUCUACAGACUGGGCAUCACCAGUACCUACGAGUAUUUAGAGCUUCGAUUUAACAAAUAUGUUCGUCUCUGUGGAACAGUCCUCUUCAUUGUUCAAACAAUCCUGUAUACUGGAAUUGUUAUUUAUGCCCCUGCUCUGGCUUUGAAUCAAGUCACAGGAUUUGAUCUGUGGGGUGCAGUAGUAGCAACGGGGGUGGUCUGCACGUUCUACUGCACGUUGGGUGGUCUUAAAGCUGUUAUCUGGACGGACGUUUUUCAAGUUGGGAUCAUGGUGGCUGGAUUUGCAUCUGUGAUUAUACAGGCCACAUUGGUGCAGGGUGGAAUCAGAAAGAUUCUAGAUGAUUCUUAUAAUGGUGGAAGACUAAACUUCUGGAAUUUUGAUCCUAAUCCUUUGCAAAGACACACGUUCUGGACAAUUAUUAUAGGAGGGACCUUCACCUGGACCAGCAUCUAUGGUGUGAACCAGUCCCAAGUGCAGAGAUAUAUUUCCUGUAAAAGUCGAUUUCAGGCAAAACUGUCUCUCUAUGUCAAUCUCAUAGGACUCUGGGGAAUCCUUGCCUGCUCAGUGCUUUGUGGACUUGCCCUGUAUUCCAGGUACCAUGACUGUGAUCCUUGGACAUCCAACAAAGUAUCUGCACCAGACCAGCUCAUGCCUUAUUUAGUAUUGGACAUUCUGCAAGAUUAUCCGGGACUUCCUGGCCUUUUUGUGGCCUGUGCUUACAGUGGCACAUUGAGCACAGUGUCCUCCAGUAUUAAUGCCUUAGCAGCAGUAACUGUGGAAGAUCUAGUCAAGCCAUACUUCAGAACGCUCUCAGAAAGAGCUCUCUCUUGGACUUCCCAAGGGCUGAGUGUGCUGUUUGGAGCCCUGUGUAUAGGAAUGGCUGCUCUGGCAUCUCUAAUGGGAGCUUUAUUGCAGGCAGCACUCAGCAUAUUUGGCAUGGUUGGCGGACCACUGAUGGGCUUGUUUUCUCUAGGCAUUUUGGUUCCCUUUGCCAACUCAACCGGAGCACUUGUUGGUCUGGCGGCUGGAUUUGCUGUUUCUUUGUGGGUUGGAAUUGGAGCGCAACUUUACCCUCCACUUCCAGAGAGAACUAUGCCACUAAAGCUUGAAACCUAUGGCUGUAAUAUCACAAACAAUGGGACAAAUUGGAUGACAACCACAGAAAUGCCAUUUUCUACUAGUGCUUUUCAAAUACAUGAUGCUGAAAGGACUCCGCUGAUGGAUAACUGGUACUCUCUAUCCUAUCUGUACUUCAGCACUCUUGGAACUUUGAUAACUGUAUUUGUGGGAAUUCUUGUCAGUUUACCAACAGGAGGAAGAAAGCAAGACCUAGACAGAAAAUUCCUACUAACUAAAGAAGACUUUUUAUCUAACUUUGACUUUUUUACAAAAAAGAAGCAUGAUUUAAGCUAUAAAUCUCACCCAGUAGAAGAUGGUGGAACUGAUAAUCCUGCCUUCAACCACAUUGAGUUGAACUUUCCAGAACAAAGUGGAAAAAUCAAUGGAACUCGAUUGUGAAGCAGUUAUGAUCCUGGUUUUGCAAAUCCAGGUUUUACGUAUUUUCUAAGAUAAUUCAGGCACAUUUAUAUAUUUUUUUCACUUUUGCCUAUCAUGAAUGUUUGUGGGGGGGGUUACUUUGUAGGGAUAAAUUUUUGUUAGAACACUGUCCUGACUUUCUUCAAAGACUACUUAUUUGUUGAUGCUGCUUUGGAGUUAUAAAUUUCAGCACUAGCAUUUGCUUCUAUUUUUCUUUGAUUCCCAUGGAGUGAACAUUAUGAAAAUUAUGCAAGUUAUAACUACAUGUAUGCCAAAAAGACUGAUAUACAUAUCCACACAUCUGAUCAAAGGCCUCCUCUUAAAUUUGGGCAUUGUUCAAAAUCUUUUUCAUGCAUUGGUGCUAGUGUAUAAAUUUUGGGGUUGGCCAAAAUUGAAAUUAAUACUGAAGAGGGUUUUACUUUCCAUUGCUAAACUAUCAAUUUGGAGAGUUAUAAAGACAUAGGAUAUCUGUGUUACCCACGUCUUUGCUUCCCAUUGGUUAAUACCAGU